AUGGGCGCCUCGGAGCAGCGCGAAUGCCCCGCGGGCUCAUUCUCCGGCUCCGCUUCGGGCAAGUGCGACGACUGCGUGGCCGGCACGUUCCAGGAGCUGACGGGCCAGUCGAGCUGCGCGCUCGCGGGUCAGGGCUUCUACGUCGGGAGCACUGGAGCUUCGGAGCAGACUGCUUGCCCCGCGGGAAGCUUCUCCGGCUCCGGCGCGAGCGAGUGCGACGACUGCGCGGCCGGGACGUACCAGGACGCGACGGGCCAGUCGAGCUGCAAGCUCGCGGACGCCGGCUCCUUCGUCGACGCGAUCAGCGCCUCGGAGCAGGCGGCGUGCGAUGCGGGCAAGUACAGCGGCUCCGCCGCGAGCGAGUGCAUCGACUGCGCGGCCGGCACAUUCCAGGAGUCGACGGGUCAGUCGAGCUGCCUCCUCGCAAAUGCCGGGUCCUUCGUCGAUGCGAUCAGCGCCUCGGAGCAGGCCGCGUGCCCCGCGGGAAGCUUCUCCGGCUCCGGCGCGAGCGAGUGCGUCGACUGUGAGGCCGGGACGUACCAGGACGCGACCGGCCACGGCGUCGGCCAGAGCAAGUGCGAGCAGUGUCAGCCCGGCACCUACGCGUCCGAUGCCGGGUCUACGACGUGCGAUCUCUGCGAAGCGGGCACGUUCGCCGAGGAGAGCGGCAAGAGCGCGUGCGACGAGUGCCCGGCCGGCAAAUACGCGAGCGCGGUUGGAUCGACGAUGUGCUCGAUCGCGAACGCGGGCUCCUAUACCUCAGAAGACGGC